AGAGUUUUUAAUUUGGAGCGCUGGCUUGGGGGAAGUCAAAAUGAAAACCACGAGGCCUGACUCGUUGGUGUGACUGACCGUCUUCUUCGCAUAUCUCUCGGCAUCGCCUUUUCCGUCUCUCUCUACCCUCAACCAUGGCCAAAUCUCGGCCGGUUCUGGAGCUCGCCGCCCGUUUUGAUCUCGGCGGCAACGACAACGACAAUAUCCGAGCCCUCUCACUUUGCCCCCUCUCCGAUUCCCAAACCCUAGUUUACGUCGGCACCUUUUCCGGAUCCCUUUUCCUUCUCUCUUUCGAUGCUUCAUCCAAUGCCGUUUCGCGUCUUGGCAGUGUAUGGUUGGGAGUUUCACCGGUGGAGUCUAUCUACAUUCUCGACCAGGAAAGCGGGAAAGUUCUAGUUCUCUGCGAUGGUUACUUAUUCUUGGUCGAUUCGCUUUUAGCGAAGCCCGCUAAGAGACUGGAUGGUGCAUUGAAGGGCAUCGAUGUGGUUGCUAGAAGAUUUACUGGACGCGAUUCGGUUACUACGGAUUUGUUGCCCUCGGACACUCCGAUGGAUCAGAAUAAGAGCUCAAGCAAGAAGUUUUUUCAAAUGCUUGGUACCGGUAAUCGGGUGAAUGGCAUCAAAAGCAAGGAUGUCCGACAUCAGCGAGCCCCGCAAGGUAAUUGUGUUUUUGCUGUUUCUAUCGGUGAGAGAAUGUUACUGAUUGAACUCCUAUGCGACGAAAAAGACGGCGUAAGCGGUCCCUUUGUUAUCCUGAAAGAGCUUCCUGGCUUCACUGGGGUUAAAAGUAUGGUUUGGCUUGAUGAUUUCAUUAUUGCGGGGACCAUUCACGGGUAUAACCUUGCCUCGUGCGUGACUGGUCAAAGUGGAAUGAUAUUUGCUUUGCCUGAUGUAUCUGGUUCCCCGCUGCUCAAAUUGCUUUGUAAAGAGUGGAAGGUGUUGUUGUUGGUCGACAAUGUCGGUGUUAUUGUGGACGCAAAUGGUCAGCCUGUUGGCGGCAGCCUUGUCUUCCGGAGGAGACCUGAUUCUGUUGGAGAAUUGUGUAUCGAUGUUGUGGCUGUUGGGGACGGAAAAAUGGAGAUAUAUCAGAAAAAUACGGGUAUUUGUGUUCAGUCGGUUACUUUUGGUCCUGAAGGAUGUGGGCAGUCUGUUUUGGCUGCAGAAGAGUCUGGAAAUGGCAGCAUAGUUGCCGUGGCUUCCUUGUCAAAGCUUAUUUUCUAUCAGAAAGUGGCUUAUGAAGAACAGAUCAAAGACCUGCUGAGGAAAAAGAACUACAGAGAAGCCAUCUCUCUUGUCGAGGAGCUUGACUUGGAGGGCGAAAUUUCAAAAGAAAUGCUUUCUUUUGUUCAUGCGCAAGUAGGAUUUCUACUGCUUUUUGAUUUGCACUUUGAGGAAGCAGUGAAUCAUUUUUUACGGUCAGAAAGAAUGCAGCCUUCUGAAGUUUUCCCAUUUAUCAUGCGAGAUCCCAAUCGAUGGUCUCUGCUGGUUCCAAGAAACAGAUACUGGGGAUUGCAUCCUCCCCCUGUGCCUCUUGAAGAUGUUGUAGAUAAUGGGUUGAUGUCUAUCCAGAGAGCUAUUUUCCUUAGAAAAGCAGGUGUGGAAAUUCCAUACGGUGAAGAGUUUUUGUCAAAUCCUUCAAGUAGAGCUGAUUUAUUGGAAUCAGCAAUAAAAAAUGUUACCAGGUACCUUGAGAUAUCUCGUGAAAAAAAAUUAGCUUUGCCAGUAAUGGAGGGAAUCGACACUCUUCUGAUACUUCUCUAUAGAGCCCUGAACCGAAUUGAAGAUAUGGAGAAACUUGCAUCUACAGAUAAUUACUGUGUUGUGGAGGAGUUAGAGACUCUUCUAAAUGAAUCUGGACAUCUACGGACUCUCGCCUUCUUAUAUGCCAAUAAGGGGAUGAGUGCCGAAGCUCUUUCUAUUUGGCGUCUCUUUGCUAGGAAUUACUCAUCUGGUCUAUGGCAAGACUCUCAUUCAGUAUGCUAUAUACUUGACGGCGAGCCAAUUAGUUUCUCUGGUAGAGAGGCUGCUGCUGCUGAAGCUUCCAGGAUUCUUGAGGAAUCCUGCAAUCAGGAUCUGGUGUCGCAGCAUCUUAGUUGGAUUGCGGAUAUAAAUUCAUCAUUUGGUAUCCAAGUUUUGACAUCUGAUAAAAGGACAGAAGAUCUUUCACCAGAGCAAGUGAUUCAAGCAAUUGAUCCCAAAAAAGUUGAAAUACUUCAGAGGUAUCUGCAGUGGUUGAUUGAAGAUCGAGACUGUAAUGACCCACAGUUGCAUACAUUAUAUGCACUCUCGCUUGCCAAAUCAGCUCUUGAAUGCAUGGAAGUACAAAACAAUGUCCAAGAAGGUGAUGCUGGAGGUGUAGAGGUGGAAAAUUGUAAUGCCAAUAUUACGUCCAUGUUUCAAAGCUAUGUACGAGAGAGAUUGCAGACCUUUUUGCAAUCUUCGGAUUUAUAUAAUCCUGAAGAGAUCCUGGAUUUGGUUGAAGGAUCAGAACUGUGGUUGGAAAAGGCUAUCCUAUACCGAAAGCUGGGGCAAGAAACAUUGGUCCUCCAAAUUUUGGCUCUGAAACUUGAGGAUUGUGAGGCUGCAGAGCAAUACUGUGUGGAGAUCGGCAGACCAGAUGCUUUUAUGCAGUUGCUUGAUAUGUAUCUGGAUCCUCAAGUUGGUAAAGAACCAAUGUUCAAGGCUGCUGUUCGCCUUCUCCAUAAUCAUGGGGAAUCACUUGAUCCUUUGCAAGUUUUAGAAAAAUUGUCUCCUGAUAUACCCCUGAAACUUGCAUCUGAUACAAUUUUGAGAAUGCUGAGGGCUCGGGUUCAUCAUCAUCGUCAGGGCCAAAUCGCUCGCAAUAUUUCCCGUGCAUUGGAUGUUGACUCGAGGUUGGCAAGAUUAGAAGAAAGAUCACGACACGUACAGAUAAAUGAUGCGAGCCUUUGCGAUUCCUGCCAUGCGCGAUUGGGGACUAAGCUGUUUGCUAUGUACCCUGAUGAUACUAUUAUCUGUUACAAGUGUUACCGACGCUUGGGUGAAUCAACGUCGGUGACAGGUCGGGACUUCAAGCAAGAUAUACUGAUAAAACCUGGGUGGUUAGUUAAUCGAUAGCAGAAGCCAGAAGCUGAGUAUUGCCCACUGUAACAAUGACCUUUUUCUUCGACGUUCAGCCUGAGGACUGUAUGUAUUUAUCUUACAAAGUUUGUAUAGUGUCACCGGCUGGCGUUGGUCCCAACUUUCAAGGCCUGUAGCUUCCGUACAUUCUUACCACACAAAGAAGAAUGUAGAGACAAUGUUUUCCUUAGAUUUCUCAAUAUAUCAGAAACUUCAAAUAUUUUAUUGGUUUUUUUGUUCAGGCUCAGAUGGCAUGCAUAGUUGACAGACAAAGCCAUAGGUGGUGUAUUUUUUUUCCCAGAGACAGCCGACAGGUUAUGAAUUUGAGGCGCUACUCUGAUUCAUAUUGUGUACAGAAACCCGAUUCCGGUUUGGUGAGCAUUUGUGUGAUUUAGGGAGGUCCAGAUGACUCCAAGAAGCUGUGAGCUUGUUCUAUGGCAUAACCAUCGAGCUUCAUUCCCGACAAGCUUAUGCGGAUACGUUUCGGGCAUGUGCAGACCACAGCGAUUUCCAUCAUGGCUGCCACUUGCAUCUCCACAUGAUCUCCCAACAUUCUUCUCAUAUGCUGGUUCUCUACCUCGCUAACCAUCUCAUAUGAAUGCCAAAUCUGGGAACGCAUCUUGUGCCCGCCAAAGUAUUCGAUCAAAUGUUAAAUUUUUCGCAGAACUUGGUGGCUUGUCCAGAACAUCUUGUAUCACAUGUCCUCCCCCCUGUGCUUCUCCAAGCGUACAAUUAUAAUGAUGUCUGCAUACAAGAGGAAGUUGUGGAGAGACCCACAUCUGUUGCUAAGCCACUUGAUGGUGAGGGUAAAUGAUUUGCUCUGCUUAGCGGAUCUGGUUUAACAUGCUUGAUAAACACUGCUUCGAAAUUCUGCAAACAAUUCAGCGAUGUACAGGCUGUUGAUCGUUUUGCACCUACCCUUAUAUGUACCCUUGCUGUCGCAAAUGCACUUCCCAAGCAGGAACUAUAUUCUCCUUGGAUGUUUUAACGCCUUCGUGUUCCUCCUCUCUCUAUGGUUGAAUGUAACGGGAUCACAUAUCAUAAUCAUUGUUUUCUGGUUUUGUUCAUCUGGAGUUGAAUUCCCAGCGGAACAUGUGCUUCCCCUGAUGAUGCCUCUGCUCACUGCCCAGCAACUGAACGUCCAGCAGUUUGGCAAAAAUAUGCUAUUGUCAAGGAUCUCCUCAAGACCGAGCUUUCAUCUUUACAAGUCCUAAUUCCCUUUGCUACCUUCGGCUUCUGUGUUUUUCGUGGUCUGCGGAAAGGAAAAGAGAGGUUACAGAGAAUGAUCUAGCAAAAACGAGCAAUCAGCAUCGAAGCUAGCGCCCCCAUCUUCAGUAGCAGUGGAAGAGGAAGAGGAUGCUCAUCUAUCGCAAAGUCUAGUGGUUCCAAACAACAAUUAGAGCACCACCAGUUAUGGAUCUAUUGCGGCAAGAAGGCAUUGACUUUGUGGCAGGCUUAAACGGAGGAGUGCUCGUUUACUGUUGAAUAGCUGCUUCCUGUGGUUGAGAUCAGAUAUAGGUUUUGUUUGUGCCCUGUAACUGUAUAAAAAUCUCGCUUUUUUUUCCACCAAAACUAAGAAAUGUUUGGUGUUUUCUGAUGGGCUCUAGAGCAAGGACUGCGAAUCUUCGAGAUUUAUAACCUAAGAGCGUGCGUCAGAGACGUGACUGCUUCAUUUCGACUUCAACUAAUUACGGUAUAAAGCCGUUUCUCA